AUAAAUGUUUUUUUUUUUUUUUUUUUAACAGUUCCAUCGAGAAACCAUAGAAGAAAUAUAACCAGGAAGCAAUCGGGAGAACGACCACUCUUUUUCUGUGAGAAGUCGAUGAGUCUGCCAGCAGUAAACAGAAUGGAAAAGGUGAUCAGCUGUUUCAAGACGAGCCCAGAAGCUGUGGCCCGACUGAUCUGCUUCCCCUGGGCAGGUGGAGGCUCCAUACACUAUGCCCGCUGGGGGAACGUCCUCCACGGCUCCAUAGAAGUGUUUGCGAUCAAGCUUCCGGGCAGAGAGAGUCGAGCCAAAGAGCCCUUCUUUGAGAACAUGCAGCAGAUAGUGGACGAGGUGGUUGGUGUGUUGUUACCGGUGCUCAAAGAGAAGCCGUUUGCUCUGUUCGGACACAGUUUUGGGGCUUUCACUGGUUUUGCCGUGGCAGAUGCUUUAAAGAGUCUUCACAACCUCGAACCAGUUCACAUCUUCCUGUCUGGUGCCUCUGCACCCUAUUCGGAGACGCGCAUCAAGACCCCCAAGAGAAGCGAGCUGACCGAUGACGAGUUCCUCAAGUGGUUGGUUUCGAUCGGAGGGACUCCUCCUGAGCUGCUGGCCAACCCCGAAGUCCUGAAGCUCUUCCUUCCCGCCCUAAAGGCCGACCUCCACGUCGUGGAGAACUACAGGUGCCGCGAGCCGGACGUCCCGCUCUUCUCCUGCCCCGUCACGUGCUUCGACGGGAAGGCGGACACUCCUCACGACUUACAAGCUUGGAAAAGCAUCACAUCGGGAGAUUUCACCGUCAGGAUGCUCGACGGAUCUCACUUUUACCUCAAGGAGUCUGAAAAUGAAAAAAACAUAUUAGACUACAUCACCAAGCAAGUGGAGACAUCAGAAAUGGACUAUUUAUGAUGGAGAUUAUAUGUAAUGACUUCACUGUUUUUCUCAUAUAAUUAAUUGUGAUUGAACUCAAAUGAAGGUACAUUCCACACGUGUAACGCUGUCAGAAAGUUUAAUAUAAACAAAAUAUUUUUGGUUCUUGGUGGAUCAAUAUCAUGGCAGCAAAAAAUUUCCAUAAAUUAUUGAUUUGAAUCAAUUUGAAUAGGUUAGUGUGUGGAAAAAGAAUUGGUCUGAAUAUGAAAAAUGGCCAUGACAAGUUAUUUAAUGACUUCACUUUAUAUGUUGAGAACACUUCACAUGUUAUUUAACAUCAGUUCGAUAUUAGUGAUCCACAUUCAGUUAAACAUUCAUCUGCAUGGAGUAUAUACAAUAUUGAAAAAAAGAAAAGCACCCAUGUUUGACUUGUUAAUCAAUAUAUUAUUAUAAUUUUAUCAAAGUAAUUGGUUUAUGUUUAUUACAAUCCAACAAUGAAAUGACUCACCGAUUUACUCCUCAGGAACAAGAAUGAUCUUUUUCCUCAAUUAUUUCUGAAUAUAUAUUUAAAUUCACACAUUUUUAAAGUAGUCAAUGACAUGUUCAAUUUCUUGGAGGAUGAUUAAAUAUAUGCCCCUGUUUGAGAUGGC